AUGCAGGGCGGAGCCUGGGCACUGCUGGUGACCAUGCUGAUGCUCCUGGUCCCGGGAGAAGCUCAGGAGUGCUCUCCUGGGGGCCACCAGUUUCUUCAGAGUCCUUACAGAAGCGUCCACUUUGACACAGUGUAUCUCCAGUAUUCAUCUGCUCAAGACCUGAUCUGUGACCAUUCUCUCACCCCUGGAUGGUACCGAUUUCUCAUCUUUGACAGACCUGCUGAGAUGCCGACAAAAUGUGUGGAGAUGAACCGCUGUGGAACUCAGGCCCCCAUCUGGCUGUCUCUCAGUGAUUCCGAAGCUCUGCCUCUUCCUGGCAAGAUCAAGACACUGACAGCGUGUGCCACUUGGCAGUUUUUGUUUAGCACUGAAAAGGACUGUUGUCUCUUUCAAAUCCCUGUCUCUGUACGAAACUGCGGGGAUUUUUUCGUGUACUUACUGCAACCCACUCAGGGAUGUAUGGGCUACUGUGCUGAAGCUAUUUCUGAUGUGAAGUUACACACUUGUGGCCCUGGAGAGACAGAAAUUGAAGGUGGCUGUGUUGGCCAGCUCUCCACAGUACUGCCUCCCCCUCCUCCAGGCAUGCCCAAGGUCAUUGUGGAGCUGGUGGGCUCCCAGGUGUUUUGUAGGUGUACUUUUGAUGUUUCCCCCACAAAUAAGUCCAUAGGAUUUCUGAUAGCCUGGUCUAGGCUUUCUUCCCAAGAAAUCAAAGAAGAGCUGAGACAGGAGAGCACUCUUCAGGCAUUCUCGCUUUUAGAGCUUGAUGGCAUAAAUCUCAAACUUGGAGAUGAGAUAUUCUGCAGUGCUGCUGUCUUUUACUUGGAGGAACCAGAUGUGCAAAGUAUAGCUGUUGAAAGCCAGGGAUUUUUUGCUGGAAUUAAGUUAAAACCUGAACUGGACACUAUAUCAGAAGAUGGAAAGGAAUUCCAGCUGAGGAUAGAGAGUACAAUUCCUAUCGUUUGCUCUGAAUUUAGUGAGCUUGAUCAAGGAUGCAAAAUCUCGUUAAAACUGAAAACCAUCGAACGAGGUAAAGAACACCUCGGUUUAAAUUUGGCAUUGUCUUCCUGCCAUGUGGAACUUCACCAGGACUCUUGUGUUGAUGGAAUAUGUAGCCAGGCUGUAGUAUACUACACUGCUGUGACAGACUUUUCCCAGGAUGGAGACAGACUGACAGACAUCAUCGUGGAGCCUAUCGUUAAUGAUGUUUUUCUGUGGGACAGAUACACUCCAGACAGCAUCCAGAUCAAAGUCAAGGAUGUCCCAUCUGCUUACUGUUAUUCAUUUACUGACCCACACAUAAUUACCUUUGAUGGCAGAGUAUAUGACAACUUCAAGACUGGAACGUUUGUGCUUUAUAAGAGUAUGUCACGUGAUUUUGAAAUUCAUGUACGCCAAUGGGACUGUGGGAGCCUUCACUAUCCUGUGUCAUGCAACUGUGGCUUUGUUGCAAAAGAAGAAGGUGACAUCGUUACUUUUGAUAUGUGCAGUGGCCAGUUACAUGAAUCUCCACCAUACUUAUUUGUAAAGAGCCAAGAGUCAUCAUCAAGAAAUAUCAGAAUAACUGAAUCUUAUUUAGGAAGAAAAAUCACGAUUUGGUUUUCCUCUGGAGCGUUCAUCCGUGCUGACCUCAGUGAGUGGGGUAUGAGUAUAACACUCAGAAUCUCUAGUUUAGACUACAGAAGCACACUGGGGCUUUGUGGCACCUUCGAUGAAAACCCAGAAAAUGAUUUCCAUGACAAGAACGGGACCAAAAUUGAUCAUGAUGUCAACAGUUAUAUUGCUUUUAUCAAUGAAUGGAGGCUUUUACCAGGAAGAAGCAUGUUUGACAAAAUACCAGCUUCCCCACGGUUUCCUGCAAAACCAUCCUACUGCAGCUGCUGGUUGGGUACCACCAUGCACCAUCUGCUUUCUCACCAUCUGGACAGCAAAUCUCACUUGGAAAUCGCUCCCAGCUGUAAAGAUAUCAAGCACAUCCAAUUCUCUUCUUUGAUACCAGACCUAGAUAUUACCUCUGAAUAUAUCAAUUCGGAAGCUCUUGUUGGAAAAAUAAACCCUCAUGUACCUAGGGAAGAAAAUAAUUUGAACUUCUUACUACAUGAAAAUGCUCACCCAAACCUACCCAAACUGGACUUAAAUUUACAGCAUUCUGGGAACAAGACACAAAAUCCUCCUACGAAUUCGAGUAAUGGGAGGCAUACACAGGACCAGGAAAUGAGGAAUCUACAAAAGAGAUGGAAACAACAAAAUCUGAAGGACUUUCGUCCCGUAUUUACUUUCCAGAGUCUUGGACAAGGCAACCUGGCAGAGUUUUCUUAUUUUUUCCCUGGGGACCACACUGAGGACAGCAAACAAGAGUUUGUCCCCUCGUGGCCCACAGCAUCCGGCCUCAAUGAAGUCAGCGUCUUGGCAAUCUGUCAGCAGACUCUAGCCAACUCGAGCAUUGGAAGGCUCUGUCUUCCCUUUCUUGGAAGGACACUAAACCAUGUUAUGGACAUGUGUGUGAAGGAUGUUCUGCGAAAGGACGACGUGAGCUGGGCAGAGGCAGGAGUGGCCUUGUUAGAAAAUGAAUGCGAGAGACGUAUUUUAGAAGAAGGAACGCACAACAUAGAACACAGGAAGUCAGUAGAAGGCAUUCUAGAAGUGUUAAAAUGUCCCAAUUUAUGCAGUGGACAUGGACAGUGUAUGCACUGGGGCUGUGUAUGUUUUUCAGGCUACAGUUCCCAUGAUUGCAGUCAUUCAUAUGACAUAACUCCUGAAAUUACUGCAAUUGAGAAUGCUGGAUUCUGUGAUAUUCAGAAGCAGAACUGCGUCACAGUGAAAGUUUUCGGUCAAGGCUUCAAAGAGUCAUUUUCCAUCAAAUGUGAAGUCACUAAACUGGAGUAUAAUGGCAGUAAGUGGGUGCUUGGAGCAACUAUCUACACACAGGCAAGCUUUCAAAAUAGCAAAGAGGUUGACUGUCAGCUCUUCCCAGAUGGCCAGUAUUCUGAUACCAUGGAUCUAACAGCAGAGAAACCCUUGGCAAAGUUGCAAGUAAAGGUAUCUAAUGAUGGUUAUACAUUCAGUAAUCCCAAGAUAAUGAUCAUAUAUGAUGGUGCUUGUCAAGUUUGUGGUCCCUAUGAAAAUGAUUCAUGUACUAUGAAGGAUAAUGUUUGCAUUAUUGAUGAUCGCUGCUAUACUGAUGGGUAUAAAAACCCUACCAGCUCUUGUUUGAUUUGUAGACCCCAAACUUCAAAUUCUACUUGGUCGUUUUUAGAUGAUAACCAACCCCCUGUGAUUCAAGCACUGCAAAACAAAUUACAGGCAUUUUAUGGUGAAGAGUUUGAAUACCAGUUCAUAGCCUGGGAUCCAGAAGGCUCUGAGAUACAUUUUACACUGGAUUCUGGUCCUGAUGGAGCAAGUGUUUCCUCUGAAGGACUUCUAACAUGGAAAACAGAGUCACAGACUCCUCAGAGAUUCACUGUCCAUCUUAAGGAUGAAUGUGAGGCUGAAGCUACAGUCACAGUGGAGGUGACUGUGAAGUCUUGUGACUGCUUAAACGGUGGGUCAUGUGUGCCUGAUAAAAAAAUCCCUCCAGGAACUGGAGCCUACCUUUGUGACUGCUUGCCUGGUUUUUAUGGUGAUCAUUGCGAGGCUGAAGCCAGUGAAUGCCAGUCAAAACCUUGUGGCCUUGGCAGAUGCAUUAAUGGCUUGCAUAGUUACUCCUGUGACUGUCCUUCUGAGCUCACAGUUGAAACAGAAUUUUUAAAUGAUUUUACUACAAUUGUAGUUCUCAUGAGAUCUGACAAAAGAAUUAUUGAAGAAGAGGAUGGUAAAACUGCCAAACAUAAAAGUCAUAUUAGGCCAACAGAUGAAAAUGUCCCCACAUUUUGUAGACACUCCUGUGGAAGAAACAGGGAAUGUGUUGCCCCAAACAUAUGCAAAUGUAAACCAGGUUAUACUGGUUCCAACUGCCAAACUGCCAUCUGUCACCCUGUUUGCAAAAAGCAUGGGAAAUGCAUUAAGCCUAACAUCUGUGAAUGUCCUCCGGGGCAUGGUGGAGCAACCUGCGAUGAAGAACAUUGUAGCCCUCCUUGCCAACAUGGGGGCAAGUGCUUGUCUGGCAAUCGAUGCACUUGUGCUUAUGGCUUUGUAGGACCAAGGUGUGAAACAUUGGUCUGUAACAGACAUUGUGAAAAUGGAGGUGAAUGUGUUGCACCAGAUAUUUGCCAGUGCAAGUCUGGCUGGUAUGGACCCACCUGUAGUACAGCUCUAUGCGAUCCCACUUGCCUCAACGGUGGUUCCUGUUAUAAGCCAAACACGUGCCUUUGCCCUGGUGGAUUCUUUGGUACACAGUGCCAGAAUGCUGUCUGUCACCCUCCCUGUAAAAAUGGCGGCCUCUGCAUGAGAAAUAAUGUGUGCACCUGUCGUGGUGGGUACACCGGAAAGAGAUGCCAGACAAGCAUUUGUGAGCCUUUGUGCAUGAAUGGUGGAAAAUGUGUGGGACCGAAUAUUUGUUCCUGUGCUUCUGGUUGGAGUGGGAAACGGUGUAACACACCAAUCUGCCUUCAGACAUGUAAAAAUGGGGGUGAAUGCAUAGCUCCCAGCAUGUGUCAUUGUCCCUCCACCUGGGAAGGGGUGCAGUGUGAGAAACCCAUUUGUACUCCGAAGUGUCUUUAUGGAGGAAGAUGUGCAUUUCCUGGUGUAUGCUCUUGCCGUACUGGAUACUCUGGAGUCAAAUGUGAAAAGAAGAUACAGAUGAAACAUCGUUGAGGAACGUGUACUAUUUA